AUGGUAGAUGAAAUGAAUGAAAAGGAAAUAGGGGACAUACUGAUCUCGAUUAUUCCAUAUGCAGUUAACCCAGAUUGCAGACCCUACAUGAAACCUUACAUUAGUCAGGUGUUUGAAACAUUAGACGAAGGAAUUUCCUUUUAUGAAGCAUACGCCAACGAAUGCCGUUUUGAUACUCGUAGAUUCGGACACAAAUACUCAAAUGGUGUCAAAACCUGGCAGACUAUUUAUUCAACCGAUCCUGGCAGUCCUUGCUAUGUUGUCAGCAACUUGGUAGACCAACACAAUCACGAGAUGGUCGAUAAAAAGCACGUCCAAUACAUGAAAUCCAACCGCAUCCUUGGGGAUAUCCAUUAUAAAUUCAUGCAGGACUGCUCAAAGGCCAACAUUGGACCUACAAUGACUUUCAAUUUAUUGAAGGAGUUCUUGGGUGGCUACGAUGCGGUGGGUUGCACCGUUACUGACAUACGGAAUGGCAAGCGCGACAUAUUGUAUUGCAUGGUGUUUGGGCCAUUCACUGGAAAAGACAACCACGGAUGCCCUAUUACGUUUGGUGCCGGAUUCGUGUCAAAUGAGGGAGCUGACACAUUUUCUUGGUUGCUCAGUGAGUUGUCAAUUCUUCCUGAAAAGGUUCCCAAAAGAAUACUUGCUAACGAAGAGUUGAAGAAGGAUUUGGACUCUUGUAUACGGUCUGAAUUGUUGGAGCCAGAGGAAUUUGAAGAAACUUGGCUGACCAUUGUGGACCAAUAUGGUUUACAAAAUAAAUUUUGGUUCACUACCAUGUUCACACAACGAGAGUACUGGAUUCCAGCAUAUUUUAGGGAUUUCCCAAUGGGGUCGUUGUUGAAGACACCAUCAUUCUCUGAGUCCGAGAACAGCUUUUUCAAAAGUGCAUUGGAUGCUCAACGUAGCAUAACUGAAAGGCUCGAUUUCUCUUAUGCUUCAAAAGUCCCCAUCCUGUCAACAGAGCUUUUCUUUGAGAAACACUCAGCGGCUAUGUGUACAGAUCGCAUCUUUCAGCAAGUUCAAGAAGAGAUCGUCGAGGCUCAUCGUCGUUGCAGAAUGUCUCACUUUGAGAUGGAGUACAAUACUGAGAUUUACACAAUAAUGGACAACCAUCGAAACAAAGGUGUCGUUCGUCAUGAAGUUGGCACCGAAUCGUACCACUGCGAUUGCAUGUUGUUUCUGCGGCGUGGAAUAUUAUGUUCCCACAUUUUUUGGUUGUUCAAAAACCAUGACGUGAAAGAAAUACCAGGAACAUAUAUUGGUACAAGGUGGUUGAAGACGCCUUUGUUGAAAUCAGUACACAAUGAUCCGAGCGAGGAGGCAUCGACAUCUGCAGAUUCCCAAGUCGAUGAUAAACGUGUUGCAGCAACCAAACUACAUUCGUUAUACUUUUAUUUAUUUCAACGAGCACAGAGCAAUGGCGACGACAUUUUUGCAUUAUUCGACGGAAUGGAAAAAUUAAGUCAUAAACUCUUCGGUGAUACAGUACCUUCCGUGUCUUCCAUAGGUAAAGCACAGAUGAUUGAGAACCUGUAUGGGUUAACUCGACCAAACGUUGUUAGCGUGCACCCUCCUAAUGUAGUGAGUACAAAGGGAUCUUGCAGCACUUCUGGAAGAAGAAUUCAAUCAUCAGUAGAGAAGGCUAUCAUACUACAGAACAAACCUAAGAGGUGA